AUGGAUAUUCAAGACCUAGACCUAGACGAUUUCACCGGCUUCGAGGGUGGUGCGUCCACCACAUACUCGUCGCCUGCCAUGCCCUCGGUCUUCGACGUCGGCCCUAGCGCUCUCGGCACUGUUUCUCCACAGGACCUGCUCAUUCAGGAGCCUUUUAUGUCUGCCCCCAACUCAACGGCUUUGACCGCCUUAACCUCGCCUUCGAUUUACAAUGAAUCGCCAGACUUUAACGACGGUUAUGACGUCUCCCCCAGCUUUGACUCGGGAGACUUCGGGUCGGCUGACUUUGAAACCACUGCUGGCGAUCCUUGGUUCCCACUCUUUCCCCAGGAGUCUACCGCUGCCACAAAAGAAGCCACCGGUGUCGAUGAGACCCAGAAACUGCAGACUGAUCAGUCUCCUGCUGUUAACGGCGAUGACCUGGAAGUGGUCGAGUUCACUUCCACCUCAGGUCGCCGGAAGUCUGUCAAUUCUUCCCCAACUAGUUCCGCCCGUCACUCUUCAGUUUCGGGCGUGAGCUCUCGUCGACGAGACAAGCCGCUGCCUCCUAUUAUUGUGGAAGAUCCCAGUGACACUACCGCCAUGAAGCGUGCCCGCAACACACUAGCUGCACGCAAGUCGCGUGAGCGCAAGGCCCAACGGUUUGAAGACUUGGAAGAGAAGAUUCGUAAGCUUGAAGAAGAGCGUGACCACUGGAAGAGUAUCGCUCUGGGUCGAUCCUGA